AUGAUAGGACUUAUCGUUCUAGGUAUAUGCGCCGCUAUGGCAUUGACUGGUAAGAUAUGCCAAAGUGUUCGCGAUGGCAUGGUAGUCAAACAAGUCGGUUAUGUCGCCCCAGGUAAAAGUUUUGAAAAUCUUAUUUCCGCUUCAACUAAUCAAAAGUUCACAGUAAAGAUGUCAAAGGGCCCAGCUGUUAUUUCAGCAAUUAUCCAAAGACUUAAAAUCUUUGUUCCAGCUUCACUCCAAAAGCAAAUUCCAGAAGUCGAGGCAAUGCUCAAAGCAAUGGCUGAUUUAGGUGGCUAUGAACUUGAAACUGCCCACAAGGCACUAAUGCUUGCAACAUACAAUCCAGACAACAGCAAAUUAGGAAUUUUCAACGUUGUUUUCACACCAAUAUCCGAUGAUUUAAUGACCGUUCAGCUUUACGACCUCACAGCAAACUUCAAGAUGCCAACUUCUUUCAUGAUUGCAGAGACUACAAUCUCUAAUAAAUGGAGGACAAAAACUGAACAAUCUCUUGUUGCAAAACCACGUGAAAUCACACCACAAGCUGUUACUGAUGCUAUUGCCAUGUGCAUUGCUCCAUGCCUUAACGGAGAUAUCGAUAUGCCGAAGGAAAUUCGUGAUUUGUAUGCCGCUAAGAACCAAGCAGAGAAUCCAGGCCUCCAAAACAUUCAAACAUCCUUCAAAUAA